UUUCCCCGGUUGGCGGAGAUUUCCUUGCCAACCAAGUAAAAUAAAUUACUGCUUCAAAACAGCGAAUAUGGACUUGAAGUUGGAGGUUUUGUUUGUAAUAAUAUUUAUUUUACAAACAGAGAACGAUUUUUUUUCCAAGUACGGACAAAGUAUGAGUCAAUAACAAGAAAUGAAAAUGAGGAGUGAGACUGCGAGCUAUCUAUGCACAUGAUUAUCUAGGGUAGUAAUUAACCAUACAAGCGUACUUGCAGUCCAAGCACACAAAUUCACCAUGGUCAACUUUCAACAAAUUUCUUGUGCUUCAAGCACCUCGGUCUUCUUUGAAUAACAGAUCAGUUCUUAUUGGCUUUCCAUUAUCAUUUGCUUUGUAUAUAAAUAACAAGCUCAACAUCUGACAUUAUUUGCCAAUUACUUUACCCCUGUUUCUUCCCUUCGACCUAGCUCAUAAUCUUAUCGAAAAAGAGUUAGAUGGCCUCCCAUUCACGUCAGCUGCAUCUUGUUUUCUUCCCACAUCUUGCCCAUAGCCACUUGAUCCCAACAGUGGACAUGGCUAGACUAUUUGCCAGGCAUGGAGUAAUGGUGACUAUUGUUACUACUCCCCUUAAUGCACUUCUCUUUGCCGACAUGAUUCAAAGAGAGAAGGAAUUGGGCUUUGACAUUAGUAGUCACGUAAUAAAAUUUCCUGCAGCAGAGGUAGGCUUGCCUCAAGGAUGCGAGAAUGUGAGUUCCAUCACUUCACAAGAAAUGGCUUCAAAGUUUCUCAAGGCUGUCAACCUUUUCCAACAACCACUUCAACAGCUACUUGAAGAGCUCCGCCCUGAUUGCCUUGUGGCUGACGGGAUGUUUCCAUGGGCUACAGAUAUUGCUAGCAAGUUUGGGAUCCCAAGGCUGGUAUUUUAUGGUACAAACUGCUUUGCUCAUUGCGUCACUGAUAGCUUAAAACGCCAUGAACCCUUCAAAAAGGUAGCAUCUGAAUCUGAACUUUUUGAUGUGCCUGGCCUUCCAGACCAAAUAAAGAUGACAAGAUUGCAGCUACCCGAUUAUUUUAAAGAAACAGCAGAUACUGAGCGGAAAAGGCUGAUGAAUGAAGCAAUAGAAGCAGAGUUGACUAGCUAUGGAGUCCUUGUAAAUAGUUUUCAUGAGCUGGAACCAGCUUACUCAGAACUCUAUUCCAAAGUUAUAGGAAGGAAGGCAUGGCACGUUGGUCCUGUUUCACUCUGCAACAAGAAAAACAACGAUAAAGCUGAGAUAGGAAAUGCAGCCUCCUCCAUUAACAAACACGAGUGCUUAAGAUGGUUAGACUCAAAGAAACUCAACUCAGUUCUCUACAUAUGUUUUGGAAGUAUAGUCAGGACUUCAGCAGCACAGCUAAAUGAGAUAGCUAAAGGCCUUGAAGCUUCAGGACAAGAUUUCAUUUGGGUUGUAAGAAAGGUAAAUAAUGAAGAUAAAGAAGAUUGGUUGCCAGAAGGAUUUGAAGAGAGGAUGGAAGGGAAGGGUUUGAUAGUAAGAGAAUGGGCACCCCAGGUUCUAAUUCUUGAUCAUGAAGCUAUAGGAGGUUUCAUGACUCAUUGUGGAUGGAACUCAACAUUAGAGAGUAUAACUGCUGGAGUGCCUAUGGUUACUUGGCCACAUUGUGCAGAACAGUUUAGCAAUGAAAAGCUGGUUACAGAUGUUCUGAAAAUUGGAGUAGGUGUUGGAGCCAAAGAGUGGUAUAGAUGGGCAGAUUAUAGUACUACAAAAUUUAAAGUAACCAUGGAAGAUAUAGAAAGGGCAGUUCCUCGGGUAAUGGUAGGUGAAGAAGCUGACGAAAUGAGAAAACGAGCUAAGGAAUUGAAAAAUAUGGCAAUGAAGGCUGUGGAAGAAGGUGGAUCUUCCUACUCUGAUUUGAAUGCUUUGUUAGAUGAAUUGAGAUUGAACUGCCCUUGAACAGAGCUACCUAUAUAUCAGAAAUCUUUUCUUUUUAUGCUAUCUCACUAUGUAAAAAGUACCAGUAGUUUAAAAGAAAAGAAAGUAAAUUAUUUGCUACUUUUGUAUU